CAACUUUCCGCAAACAUCCAUCCGUCCAUCCCAUUUCGCAUCGCCGCCGCCCUCUUGAGUCGUGCGCGUCCGCAAGCACGUUGCGCACUCUCUUUUCUCUUUUCUCUUUUCGUCCUUUUCCUUCCCUCUCCCCUUCUCUUCAACUCGCUCGCCGUCCUCCUCUGCGACUUCAUUCGAGAGACCCAACCCCCCCCUUCUGUCUGACUGACUGACUGGCCCCCGCACUGCUUUCUUGGGGAAAACGGCGAAUGCCGCCGCAACGUGAAGCCAUUGUUUUGCCUGUCCGGGACUGGGGGAAGCCUACCGAUACUGCCAUUUCUUGAGCGACGGCUCGUUGUUGUUCUCGUCUUCGCCUUUGCGCUUCGGUGCUCGUUCUCUUCUUCCCCCCUCGGGAUUGUUGGCGUACAACGGCGUGCGCUUGCGUACUUGCGGGCCUUGACCUUGCGCACUGCGCCAACGGUCUGACGACGGCAGCUCGCGGACGGACUGACUUAGCUGCAACACUCCUGGUCCGGGGAGCGAAACAGGCCACGACUCGGUGCUGACGACGGUACUGGUCUUGCCCCUCGUCCUGGUCCUGGCCUAGGCCCUGGCAUCGGCCACAUCACUCUCGCCCCUGCCCUCCGGCUUCAACUGCUGGAGCGUGCCGCGCCUGUGUGGCCCGUCAUCCUGAGUCACCGCGCCUGCAAUCUCCUGCUCCCGAUGAGCUCGCUCUCUCGAAGCGACUCCCAUACCGACACCAUGCGUCGUCCUUCUGCGGACCUCUCCGACCCGGCGCGCAACCUCGAAGAAUCCAACGCUCCCGCGUCGGAUGACACUACGGGGAUGGACCUGGACCUGGCCAUGCCGCCCGCCGACGACGACGUCCUCGACUGCGACACCCGCAUCUACACGCCCCCGCCCCGCGUCGCCGCCCGCUUCUACCGUCCGUCGCAUGCCCGCCGCAGGGACUCGGCCGCCUCGUCGCGCCGCAACUCAAUCUCUUCGGCCCACUCGCGCUGCUCCUCGAUGCAGCAGCACUCCCACUCGCAUGCCAACGGCCGCGACAGUGACAGUGACCAGAGCAAGUAUGUCGCACAACAUUUGCGACGCGCCUCAUUCCUCGAGGACCGCCGUGCGCGCCUGGCCGACCGCGCCGCCCAUGCGGAAAAGGUGCGCCUCCGUGCCGCUCUGGCCAAGGCGGCCCCGCGCGGCCAGUCGGCCUCGGAGGAGCGCGCGCUCGCCGCUCAGCAGGCCAGGGAGCGCAACCUCGCCGAAAUCGUCGCCAACUGCGCCGAGGAGGUCAGGAAGGCCAAGCAGGUCGCCGAGCUGACCAAGGAGAAGCGCGAGCAGGAGGUGGCCAAGAUGAAGGCCAAGAUGGAGGAGCGCAUGGCCGAGGCCGAGAGGCGCCGCGAGGAGCUCCGCAACAAGAGCAACACGGUGCGCAGCCGCGGCCUGAGCGUCAGGAAGACCAUUGAGGUUAUGCCUCAGGUCAAGGAGACUGACCGCCCAAAGAUGACGGAAGACACUGCCGUCGUCCAUAUCCAGGGUUGGUGGCGCUUACAAAUGCGUGGCCGCAUCCUUCGCGAGUUCUACGGCCUCGGCCUCUCGGUCGAUGGCAUUCGGGACACCUUGUUCGACACGGUUGUGGAGCUCCUCUCCGAGGAAAAGGUGCUGCUCGUCACGGCCCGGUUGCUACGGAUGUGCGGCUUGCACGAGGGAGACCCAGGGUCGGUUGAGGAGAUGGCGGCCGUUCGCACCUUUCUAAGCGCGUUCCUAAUUCUCGGUCACCCCAACCAGGUACUCAUCAACAAGAACGAGGCGGGCGCCGACGAGGAUGACGACGACGGCCCCCUGUCCGCGCACCGCCUCCCGUCGACGGAUCUCGCCAACCCUCAGCUUCAGGAUCUCAUCGGCAAGGCCAAAGAUUUGCUGAUAAACUUCGAGAAUAUUUUGGUGCGCCUGACGACAUCGAACCGUUACACGAUGCCACCGGCGCUGAAGAAGAUGCUGCCCGAAGCAUACGCGGUGUUUUACAAUGCAUUCAUUGCGUGGAAGUCGCGCGAUUCCAACGCGCUCAUAGAAGUCAUGCUCAUGCAGUUUGUGGAACUGGAUGCCAUCUUUCAGACGGUCAAGGACACGACUGACGAUGCAGCCACGGCGCUAUACCGUCAGAGCAUUCAGGACAGCCAGCUGAUGCUCAUCGUGAGGAUAAAGAAGCUGGCGGGUGCGGAAAAGGGCAAGAAGAUGAUUUUCAAGGCCGUGAGCGAGGCGCGCAAGGCUCGCGGCGCCAAGAAGCAGACUGGAGACACGAAGCCCCGCGUCGCAGACACCACGCCCGGCGAUGUCUCAGCCACUGCGAGCAGCCUUGUGUCUGCCGAGUCGCAGACCCUGACGCCCCCGGCGACGCCGGCCAGCAAGGGCGGGUCGAAGCCGACGGUCAUCAAGACGGGACUCAACGGCCUGCUUCCCGAUAACCGCAUCGUGGUGCACGAGUUGGCCAUUAACAAGGAGUACCAGAUCCCCGCCGAGGAAUAUGUUGAGCAGCAGGCCGUUCUUGCCCGGCCACUGUACAUGCAGAUGCGCGCUGCCAUGGACGAGGGCAAUACCGAGGCCAACUUUCGCUUCUUCAUCCUCAUGGCCGGUAACAUCAAGGACAAGCUGCAGCGCCUCUUGAAACCAGGUAACUCGAUGUACAACUUGAUCGGCGAAAUCCUAGACCCGGAAAUGGCGGAGCGGCAGUUUAUCCUCGGCAACUUUUCGUAUGAAAAGUUCUUCACUGCCAUGGGGUCUCUGUUGCCGAAGCUGUGCGCUCCUUUCCGUGACGAUGAGGUCAAGGACCUGAUUCAGAACAAGCUCGGCGACGGCAACCUGAUCGACAGGGUGGAGGCUCUGAACAACUUCAUCGACGUGAUGCUUUGCGAUUACAUCAACUACCUGCUCAGGAUUGCGGCGCCGCAGCUGAUCGAGUCGGCCGCCCAAUACGAAGCCAAGAGGUUCACGUCGGACAUUGUGGACGGCGGGCUGAGCCUGACUGUCGCCGAGGCGGCGUGGAAGUCGGCCGUGGCCAAGGUCGUGGCCGAGGUGCAGAAGCGGGAUCCGGAGGGCAUCAACCAUCCGAAGUCGCGGCCGACGGCGGCACGGUUCUAUGCACAGAUGCUGGUCGACGUCUUUACACAGCCCACACCCAUCGUGGCGAAUCAGGUGCCGGAGAUGCUGCACCUCGACCUGACGCGCAUCAACAACGUUUCCAUCUCGGUCCAGCGAAUCAUCACGGUGGGCGCCGUGUUGCUCCAGUGCAAGAACCUGCUUAAGCGCGACGUGCGGACGCAGUGGAAGACGGAAGCCUCUCGCAUCAUGUCGGUGUUGGAGGCGAACCAUGCGUCUCUCGAGACGACGGUCGAUGGUACCAUGGCUGCGCUCGAAGCGGGCCGUUCCAUGCCGGCCGCGACGAAGACGCACCUUCGCGCGCUGGUGUCGAAGGUCCUGAGCGCCAGCCAGGACAUGUCGCGCAACCGCACGGAGCCGCGCGAACCCGUCUUGCGUCUUCUCCUGACGCGCCUGCGGGGCAACAUACUCGCACGGCUGGCACCGGGCUCUGCAAGCGAGAAGGUCAAGGCAGCCAACACGGCCGGUGAGAAGCUGGCGGCCCUGGGGCUCUCCGAGUUUGUGGAGCGGGUGCGGCACAUAUCCGACCUGCUGGACAAGGUCGGCGCGGUCGACAGAGCGGCGCACAGUCCCUGGUGGGAUGCCGUCGCAACGAAGAUUCAGCAAGAGGACUUGCCGGCGGCGCAGUCCUGAUCGGCAGGGGUCGUAGACUGACGUGGAUAGAUAUUUUGCAGGAUCGGACAUUGCAUUCUCACAACGGGGAUGCGGAGCAACAUGAUUAAGGGCCCGCUUCGGUUGAUAGGCACCUAUGGGAAGAGCGAUGAUGAUUCUGGCGCAAGGCGUUUUCUUUGGGCCUCGGGAAAUGGUUCUGAUGCAUUUGGUGAAGGGGUUUUCUGCUCUGGGCAUUGCUACGACGGGACGAGAUGGGCAUACGAACCCGCUCAGGGUCAAUUUGCAUUGUGCGAUGGGAACUAGGACACAUGAGACGAUGGGACGUGUAUUUCAGGGGCGACUAAUGAGAUUCGCCAUUCAGACCCUCCGUCGUGACUUGGACCUGGCUCUGCUUGUCUGUGUGUCCCAGCAAGACCGGCCACUCAGUCCGGCCGGAGAGCAACUAUGUGUCACAUCACAAGCCGGUUUGUCCGGCAGCGGUGCUAGCCGUUACGGAUGAUGGCGGUCGUGCGUGCUGCCUCUGGCAUAGACUCACACAAAUCCUCCCUUCUUCAAUGGAAGAGGGUGACAAACGUAGAAGGAUG